CUCAAUUACAGAGCAUUGUGGACAUUAUAUGGAGAGAUAAUACCUACCCAAAUUAGAACUCUCACUCGAUCACGGUGUCGAGACAAGGGAAUCAGUCCCUAAACUCCAAGAGCUCAAGUGAUUGCGCCCAGUCCAGAUACAUUGCCACUUCAAGAGCUAUCUCAGAAAUGGCUGGUCCCAAAAUUGCCUGCAUUGGCGUGGUUGGGAAAGCAGAUAACCCUCUCCACAUUUCCCUGUUUCCCCCAUAUUCGGAUUCCACUAUCGAAUUCUCCUUCUUACUGAACUCCUGUCUCGACAUUUUCGACAUCCGGUGCAAACAAACAUCCAUUGAUCAGGAUCUAGGUCUAUUACAUGCAAUUGACGAACGACUUGCGGCCUAUGGAUGGUUGACGACCACGGGGGUAAAACUAUUGAUCAUUGUGGAUUUAUUCGGUCAGGAAGAGGCCAGCGCUGGAAAACAAGCAGGCGCUGCGAUUAAUGGUUUGAGAGAUUCUGAUUUGAAGCCGGCAUUCCGCGCAUUACAGAGUGCAUAUAUCCAGCUUUUGCAGAAUCCAUUCUAUUCCCCCGACGAUCACGUACCGAUUCCCGGGAAUACAGCUUUUUCUUUGUCCGCUUGCCAGCCAAUCUCUAACAAAAAGUUCGUUGCGGAUGUUAAACGUAUUGGGGAGUCGUGGACCCCAGGUACUUCUCUGUAG